CUGGCAAGAAUCCUCCUAUAUACACAGUGAAGAAAUAUUUCUGAGUUUCAUAAGUUAUAACACAAGUGUCACACUUCUUUUCACAGCAACUGAAGGGCAGGAGUUAGUUUGGCUAAAGCUCUCAGGACAUUAUAAUGGCUUUAGUAUUUAGAACUGUGGCUCAACUAGCUGGUGUUUCAUUAUCGUUGCUGGGAUGGGUUUUAUCCUGUCUUACAAAUUACCUGCCACACUGGAAGAACCUCAACCUAGACUUAAACGAAAUGGAAAACUGGACCAUGGGACUCUGGCAAACCUGUGUCAUCCAAGAGGAAGUGGGGAUGCAGUGCAAGGACUUUGACUCCUUCCUGGCUUUGCCUGCUGAACUCAGGGUCUCCAGGAUCUUAAUGUUUCUGUCACAUGGGCUGGGAUUUCUGGGCCUGCUGGUCUCUGGGUUUGGCCUGGACUGUUUGAGAAUUGGAGGGAGUCCGAGAGAUCUCAAGAGGCGACUGCUGAUCCUGGGAGGAAUUCUGUCCUGGGCCUCGGGAAUCACAGCUCUGGUUCCUGUCUCUUGGGUUGCCCACAAGACGGUUCAGGAGUUCUGGGAUGAGAAUGUCCCAGACUUUGUCCCCAGGUGGGAGUUUGGGGAGGCCCUCUUUCUGGGCUGGUUUGCUGGACUUUCUCUUCUACUGGGAGGGUGUCUGCUCAACGGUGCAGCCUGCUCCAGCCACGCUCCCCUAGCUUCGGGCCGCUAUGCAGUGGCGCAAACACAAGAUCAUCAUCAACAACUGGAGACGAGAAACACCAACCUGAAAAACUAAGCCAGACGGGACAAGUGUCUGUUGUUCAGGAGACGCCUGCUCACCACUGGAUUUGGUAGGAUGCCCCGCUCUAGUCAUCUCACUGUGCUUUUGAUUUUUGAAAACGCAUUUUUUCCUGUGGCUAUUAAACUAUAGUUUCUUUCCAAGACUGGUAAGCCAUUUUUAUCUUCUACUCUGAGACCAAAACCAAUCAAGACUGAAUAGUAAUGACACCCAUUUCUGUGGAUGAGUGUUCUCAAUUUUAAAAUAGUAAUUGCAUAGAAAUGGUAAAUAAAACAUUAAUCUGUACGUAUCUUUGAAGGUAUUAUUCAUAUGGAGCGGCAUCAUUUGACAAAUCAUUUACUUCUUUCAGGUGUUUAAGAUAACCUAGUAUAAUAAGCCUGAGGUCUUGUUGCAUAUUUAUUUAAAAUGCAUGAUGUCUUAUUAUAUAAAAUAAUUAUUAGCUCUUUAAAAGCUUUCGAGGUGAAAGGUGGACACAUCAUCUCCUUCUGAAUCAGAGACCUCAGUGUCUCUAUGGAGCCUUUUUCAAAAGGCAGCCACAUUCAGUCAUGCCUUCUACACUGUCAGAGGCAGGAGGGCGACCUUGGGUUUUGGAUGAUUCAAGUAGACUCUGCCACACAAACGUCCUUCUGCAUCCUGUGCUCUGUAUUUCAUGGGCAGCGUUUCUGGCUUCCCCGGCACUGAGCAGCCUGUGGGGGGCAUGGCAGGGCAGGACUGGGGUGUGCGGGUAGAGAACCUCCUGGGCCGGCUGCCUCUCCAUGGAGCGCACUGCCAGCCCAGGUGCAGCGACCGCAGAGCACAUCUUCUGGAGCCCUUCAUUUCAUUUGCCCAAUGAAAAAACUUCGUCCUUUUUUAUCAGCAAUACAUAUAGUUCCAACGAGAACUAGUCAUCACAAACUGCCGGCCUGGGGAUUUCUUCAUGAAAUAUUUUGUAUUUGCUCAGUACAUGGUUCAAGGAAACUCUUGUGUUUGUGCCAAUCAGGGAAAUAAACUGAACAAUAAACAACACUGAAAUAGAGUAUUAGGCAAUACGUAGCUUUGUUUUU